AUAUAAAAAAAUGUCGCAAUAUUUCAAUAUAUAAAUUAAUAAAUUUUUAAAAUAAAAUUAUUUUAUAAUUUAAAAAUAAUUUAAAUUUGAAAAAUUUUUAAAUAGUAAUAUAUGAUUAUAAUGAUAAUAAUAAGCAAUGAGACAGAAUUAAUUUUAUAAAUUUAGCAAUAUUCUAUUUAUAUUUUAAAGAUAAAUAAUGAACAAGCGUAAAGCUUAGAAUGAUCUGAAUUCUCCCCCCAAUCAUCCUUUGUCUAAAAUCAAUAUUUCUAGCGAGAGGGUGAGAGAAACGGAUGGAAUUGUGUUCGCGAAUUAGAGAAGGGAUGCUAAUAGGACUGCUAUAAGUAAAGCCUGUUGCUGCAGUCACAUUUCAAAGUUCGAUAUUACGAUAAGUUGCUCGCUCGAAUUAAAAAAAGAAUUUGAUUGUCCAUUAUUACGUUUUAAAUAUUUGAAAAAAGUUAGUGAUGUGCUGUGAAUAUCAAUCUAAAGAUUAUGGAUAAGCUGAGUAAUUGGACCCGUGGUAUGAAUAUAUCAUCAACAUCACUAUCUGGACAAAAUUGUAUUUCAAAUUUAUCAACACCUUCAAUUUUAGAUAAAUUAUUAAUCAUUACUCCAUCAUUGGUAUCAAUAAAUCAAGAAUUAAAAUGGAUUUUUUUUUUACAUAUGUAUGGUUUUGCCUGUCUCUUUUUUGUACUUGCAUUUUAUACAUUUUUAUCUAUUUUACACUUAAGAUCCCUUAUAUCAAACCGGCCUUUUAUGUCUACAAUAAAUAUGUUUUUAUGUAUAUUUGGAGCAUCAAGAGCAGCAUGUCUUUUUAUAGAUCCAUACAAUCUUAAAGAUAUUAUGCCCAAAAUUAUUGGAUCUAUAGUGUGGGAUAUUGGAUUUCCAUGUAUAACAUCUGCUUUUAGUCUUAUACAAUUGGCAUUUUUACAAUUAACUCAGCUCAAAUUUGGUCCAGAAAAGAUUCAGAAGGAAUCUUGUCUUAGUUUAAUCAUAACAGGACAUUUUUUUUUCAUAAUUGCUAGUGAUAUUGCUCUUAUCUCUCACAAUUGUUACAUGGUAAAAUAUGUAGUCCAAAUAGUGUUCCUUAUCUGGAGUAUUCUUUUGUAUUUAAUAUUCCUACAUGCAGGAUAUAAGCUAAUUCAUUUGCUGCAAACUGUACCAAAUAGUAUGUUAAUGAGAGAUUCCAAUACACAUCAGAAAGGUAUUAUGCAAUUAGCAAUGUUAGCUCCUUAUAAUAAUUUGGCAUCAUCUGUUGCUGCUGCUUUAGUACCUACUUUGCUCAAUUCUAAAAUUAAAGAUGGAGAAAUAAUAGAAUCUGCAACUUUUACAAAUGAGUUGAAUAAAAAUUCUAAAGGUAAAGAUAAAAAUACAAUCAUAAAUGUUGAAUUUAAAAAAUUUUUUUAUUUUAAUAUCAUAGAUGGAAUUACGAAAUCUGAAAAAGAAGAACAAAUCCUAAAAGAUUGUGAUAAAUCUCCAUGUAAAAGUAUGUCAUCUCAAGAAGAGAAAACUAUUCCUGUAUCAACAGUACCAGAAGUAUAUGUUAGACCUCCGACACCUACACCAUCGACAACUAAUUUACCUAUAAUAACAGUAUCUAGUCCAAGUCGUAGAAGUUCUGUCGCUAGUAGACAAGAUAGCGAAAUGUCUAAAUCUUCUCGUAGAAAUUCAGAAUGUAGUGUUAAAUUCAUAAAUGAAGAGGAUGGUUUUUCAAUCGAUAGUCGACGUAAUUCUGAUUUUAGCCCUAAAAAUUCACCUGAUAUUGAUAGAAGACGAUCUCCGGAUAGAAUGUGCCGAAGAUAUUCUGAAAAUGUAACACCUUUAGGUAGUAUAAGAGAUUUAAGACGAUGUUCUGAUUUUUCACACGAAAAGAAUAGAAGUUCUCAAUUUGCUGCUAAAUUGAAAAGAAAUAGCGAUUUUGGAAAUAGAACACCUAGACGAAUGCUACCACCAACUGAUCAUAAAUUGCCAAGAGUAGUAGAUCUAAGUCCUACAGGUUCGAGACGUAAUUCAGAUGUUAGCAGUUUUAUUUCCAGAGCCGAACUACGUAGAAAUUCUGAUAUUUCCUUUCGACGUAAUUCGGAAUUCGUUCAAGUUAAGCCAUUAGAUUUAAAUCGUCGAAGUAGUGAUAUUAGCAUUAGAAGCUUGAGUAGAAGUCCAACUCAUAGUCGUAAUAUAGUUCCUGAAAAAAUAGAAAUACAUGAAAAAUCUGAAUCUGAUUCGGAUCAACCUGAUUGUAAUGAAAAAGCAGCUUUAAUGGCAGAAAAAAGUAAAGAUAAAGAUAAUGAUGGAAAAUCACGAAAAAAAAAUUUAUCUUGGAAAAAUGAAAAAGAAAAAAAAGAUAUUGAAGAUAUUACUGUUGAGACUAAUUUGCUUCCUGAAAAUACUAAAGUUGACGGCAAAGUUGCGAAUAAUGAUUUCACACUUCAUUCAAUAUUAAAUCAUAUUGCAUACGUAAAUAGAACCAAAUCCGAUACUCCUUUACAUGUGUUAGAAGCAAAUACUGCGGCAGUUAGAAGAUCACAAAUUCAAAAAGUAUUGAAUGUAACAUAUAUAACCGCGAUUUUAGGGAUCAUUUUAUGUAUUACAGAUGUAGCACGUAUUUUUGGACCAUAUGGACUUUUAGCUGAGACUGUGAAAUAUGGAUCAGAACCAAUUAUUACACAGUAUCCUAAACCAUGGCCCUGGUUUAUGUUUCAAACUUUUUGCAGAAGUUUAGAAUUGAUUAUGGGUUGGGCAAUGGCAAGUAUUACUAAGCAACCAUCAGUAAGCCCACGACAUCAAUAUUUAAGCAGUUACCCUAAUUAUAAUUUACAUAUGAAAAGAGGUAAUAAUCCUUACAUUUGAAGCAAUAUAUUACUAAAUCAAAAAUCAAAGAAUUGAAAUGCCAAAACAAAUAUUUUUAAAAUAUUUUUAAAUAUAUUUUUAAAAUAUUAAAUUUUAUUUAAAUUGUUAUUCCACAAUUUACAAAAAAAUAUUUAUUAUAUUGUUUUUACAAUUAUUAAAAUCUUUACAUUUAUGAUUAAUAAAAAAGCAUGAAAUAUAUAAUUCUAUUAUAUAUUUCUUUCUUAAAUUUAAAUUUAAUAAAAUAUAAUUAAAUAGUAAUUUUAAUUAUGAAAAAAUUAAAAAUAAUUAAAUAAUUAAUUAAAAUAUCAUUUAAAUGAAUAUAGCAAUAGAUCAAUAUACUAUUUUAAACUGAAUAAAUACGUGUUCUAACAAAAAUUAUAUAUAAAAGUAAAUUUUUAAAAAAAUUUUACAAAUUUUACAGAAAAUAUUCUUCUAAAGAAUAUAUUUUAUUGAUUAAAAAAUGUUUCUAUUUUUUAAAUUAAAUUAAUUUUUAAAUAUUUUUAAAUUUUUUAAUUAUUUUGAUAAUAAUUUUAAUUUCUUCUUUUUUAAAACAAAGAUAAAAUGUUUUAUAUCAAAAUAGAAUAAUGAAUCUUUACAAAAGAAUUAAACUUUCCUAAAAAAAUAAAAACCUAAAAUCUGUAUAUAAAAAAGUAUUGUAAUAGUAGAUAAACCACUCAUAAGUAAAAAAUUUUUACUCUAUGUCUACUGCACCAAUUGAUAAACAAUAAUAUCAAUUCAACUUUGAAGUGCCCUACUACUAAAUGUUCAAAAAAUCUUUAUAAUUGAUAUGUAAUUAAUCUCUCUACAAAUACAAAUUGUAACAGUGUUGUGAUCCUACAUGUGAUAUACAAUUUGUGUCUAGAAUAGGAGGCCAUUUUACGCUUAUGUAAGUGUCAAGUUACAAUAUAACAAACUACUACCUUAUGAGAUAAGAGACUGGAUUUCAUUACUAGUUUGUAUAAAUGUUAUUUGUUAUUUAAUUUUUCAUAAAUUCUUAUGUAUAAGAAUAAGUUUUAAGUUUUUUUUAUGAUCUGACAAUUGUUGGAAAAUUAUUCAUUACUUUUAUAUUAAAAUUAUAAAUAUUUUAUAUUAACAUAUUUUUAUAUUCUUAUAUAAUAAUAUCAAUUACUGUAAAAUAUUAUUUAUCAAAAUGAUAUAAUUUCAUCAUUUUAAUAAAAAUAGUACUUUUGUAUACUGUAUAUUUUGUAUACUGAUAUAUGUGAGAAACAGAAAAAGAGAGAAUGUGUGUAAUUUAUACAUAUGAAAUUUUAAUAUGUGAAAUAUAUUACGUCAGAAGAUUUUCAUCAUAUAUUAAAAUGAUUAUUUUUUUAAUGUUAUUUACAUUAUUAAAAUUUAGAUUUGAAGAAUUAAAUAUAUUCAAAUUAUUAAUAACACAUUAUCAUGAAAAAAAUGCAUAAAAUAUAAUAUAAAUAAUUAUACUUACACAAGCAUGAAAUGUCUCACUAUUUGUUUAGGAAAAACAUAGGUAAAUGUUUAAUGUGCCAAAUACUUAUGUUAUCAAUAUAAAAUGUUUACAAAGAUUAAUUUAUAUAAAUUAAUCUUUUAAAAUUAUUCAUAUAAAUUAAUAUUUAUAUACACUUCAAUGUACGUACAAUAACAAAUAAUAUUUUAAUUGAAUUGAUGAAUACUGUUUGAGAUGAUAAUAUACAAUAAACUACUAUUUUUAUCAAUGAAUGUCAGAUUAUUAGAUGAAAAAUUGUCAUACAAAAUUAAAUGAAUAAUUGCAUAAUAAUAAAAAUUUAAGAUAAUUUAAAUAAAAUGUAGAGAUUACUUCUUUAUAAACUAUUUCUCUGAAAAUUUUAUGAAAUGUAAUAAAUAUUAUAUAUGUAUUUAGAUAAAAUGAAAUUGUAUCUUUAUUAAAAUUUAAAUGAUCUACAAAAAUGAAAAAUUAGAAUAAAAAAAAAAAAUAAAAAGAUUUCAAUAAAA